AUGUCAGACGCACCAUUAUACUCUCCGCUUCCGCACCAACGAGCCAUCCGCUUAUUGCGCAUCGAAUCAGGAACCGGCGAAGAAGGCAUACAGACCACUCUCGAAACUUUCGACCUCGACUCAAAAACACAAUUCACUGCGCUCUCAUAUGUCUGGGGCAAUGGAGCAUCGCAACGCGAGAUCAUAUGCAAUGGGCAUAAAAUGUUGAUUACGCGCAAUCUCUGGGGUGUCUUAGCGCAACUACAGAAACAGCGUUUUGAUUGCUUACUGUGGGUAGACGCUAUAUGCAUCAAACAAAAGGACAAAGAAGAGAAGAGCUUUCAAGUGCCUAUGAUGAGAGACAUCUACAAGAGCGCCACAAAGGUCAUAUUCUGGCUCGGAGAACAAGAACGCUACGAUGAAGCUGCUAUUGAUCUGAUGAGAAGCUUCUCCAAGAGGAUUCCGAAUCGACCAGAUUUGGAACGACAUCGAGUGACGACUCUGAAGGAGAUGGGCCUUUCUUCCCUUGAUCACGGUUGGGCUGGAUGGGCCUCCCUGUGUUGUCGCCCGUGGUUCGGACGUGUUUGGAUCGUACAAGAGUUCUUGAAUGCGAAGAGAUCCGCAUUUAUGUCCGGUGCAUUGGAGAUUCCAACUGAACUGCUAGUGCAUUUCGGAUACGCUACGGGAGUGUGUGUUGCAAUCGGAGAGGCUGUUGCAAGGCACAAGAUGGACGCUCAUGAUAUCAAAAGAGCCAUCUUGAGAAUUCAAGCUUUGGGAAUAUAUCAGUCCGGCUAUGAUGUUCGUGUAUUUAGUCUAUGGUGCAGGAGCCAGCGACUGGAAGCCACAGAUCCUCGAGACCGAAUUUUCGCACUCUUGUCGACACAAACGGCAGUAAAUAUGGACAUGAUCGAUUAUCGUAAGGAUGAAGCGACCGUCUAUACAGAGAUUGCAACAAAGGCCCUCAACAUACCAGUUCCAAAGAUCAUAUCUACUGGAAAGACUGUGUACACAUCAAAGCACCAAAUUUAUGAGAAUGACAUGCGCAGAGUAAGCAGGUUUUUAGCUUGCAAAUUUCGCUCCUCACAAUCAUCGAAUCUACCAAGCUGGGUGCCGGACUGGAAGCCUAGUGGAUUCAAUUUUGUUCCCUUGACGCGCUAUUAUUAUGGCACUACAAUUUUCGCAAACUCUUCUCAUCACGCUAUCGUUGAAGACAAGGUGAGCUUUCUCUUGAGUUUCUUGCGCGAAAGAGCUAACUUUCCAGACGUUGUCUAUACCAGGGAUUUUCUGGGACGAGCCUGA